AUGCACAUUCGUGAUGGACAAUAUGGUUUCUCAAAUUUAAUUGGAAAAUAUUGCGGUACAGAUUUUCCGGAUGAAAUAACUUCAAAGGAGCGUUAUCUCUGGCUGCAUUUCCAUUCGGAUGAAAGUAUUGAAUAUUCCGGUUUCACUGCCGUGUACGAGUUCAUUGAUCGCAAUCGUGAAGCUCCUAUCACUGAUUUGAACUGUACCAUUGAUAAAGACGGCUACGAAGGUUUCAUUAACUCAACAGAUGUGCCGACUGGUAUCAAGGAAACUGUCACUAAAAACAAAAUUGCUUUGGACUGCAUAUGGAGAAUACAAGUCCAGGAUAAGUGGAAGAUUCAAGUCAAGUUCUUGCAGUUCAGACUGAACAAACCAAACGAUUGCAAUGUCAAUUUUUUAGAUAUUUUCCCUGAGCAAACUGUUAUGCCUUUAAGAGUAAAAAACUUUUGUGGAUCAGCCGGUGAAGGCAUUACGUCGGAGUCAAACAUUUUGAACAUGAGAUUCUACGCCGAACCACAGGCAAUCACUUCAGAAUUUUCCAUAUUGUAUACAGCAUUCAGAGAUCGCGGCAAUACUUGUUCAAGUGAUGAAUACGAUUGUGAGGACGCCACAUGCAUUUCAAAGGAACUCAAAUGCAAUGGACGUGAUAAUUGCAAAUUCCGCUGGGAUGAGGAGGGUUGUGAUAAAAACACUGCUGGACAAUCGGAACAUGUAAUCAUAAUAAUCGUAGUUUUUGGCUUAAUUUUAGGAGGAAUGGUAAUCACAUUUCUUGUAAAUUGCAUACGCAAAAUAAUGCGGGACCAGAAAAUCAUACGGGAUGUUCCGGUUCUAGGCGAUGGUAUCUAUCACAUUGAUUCGUUCCUCUUGAGCGUACCGAAAACCGCAAUAUUUGUCGGAUUACAAAACGAUUGGACUCAAAAACCAAAUAUUAGCAAUGAAUUGACUGAAGGUGACAAUCACAAUGUUUGUCAAAUGCAGGAUGAACUGGGCGACGAAGAACAGUGUAGCGGUGAAUGCCAGAGCAGUGAUUGUGACACCGAAGCCUGCUACUAUAUCGGUCAAAAUCAGAGUUGUACAAACUACAAAGAUGAUAGCUUUGAUGGCGGCGAUGAUGAAUUUGUUAUUGUAACAAAUUGGAACGAUAUGACAUGUUUGCAUAAUGGCUACUCCUACAACCACAACCACAGCCACAACAUUAACAAUUACAAUAACAACAACUGCAAUAAUGAAUGUGAUAUUGUUACUCCAAUGUCUUCCGAUUCAUACACUAGCGCCGACACCACACCAACUGAGGCUACCAAUAGUUCAACAGAAGCGUCAGUGGAACAGCGUGGGGCACAAACAUCUUUGCACAGCGAGGACUAUCAAAUACCAAUUUUUCCAGCAACAUUUCCACAUAAGUGCCAAAAAUAAAGACAAAUUCAUAACAUGCUGUGCCCAAUACUGAUGUGCUCAGGAUAAGAGAAGGCCUCAUCAGAGGCUUCAAAGGAGAGCAAAGAACACAAAGCGUUAGAGCGGCAAGCGCCAAGCUCCAAGCGGUAGAGCAGUAUAUGUUGGCAUAUAUUAUGUAUAUAUUUUCGAUUACAUAAAAACCUUUUAAAUAUGUGACAAUGUAGCAAAAUAAAAUUUGUUUUAAAAUUGAAAGGAAAUUUAUGUAAAAUGACAAUUGGGAAGCCAUGCACUCUCGCAUCCUGCAACACAUAUGACAAUGCUUCGCUUCAUUUAGAAACAAAAAUAUAUAAAUAUUUAUGUUAAAAGGACACAUGUAGAUGUGUGCUCCUAUUCGUACCAUAAAAAUGUUAUCAAAUCAAAAUCAAAAUCGAAAACGAAAACGAAGCUAAAGAAGCCGAAAAUUUAAAUGAAAAUGAAAGCACAACAAAGGAAAUGUCUCACAACAAAAACAAACAAAAAACAAAAAUUUAAAAUCCUUUUGAACAAAUGACAAAGUUGACUAUCAAAA